AAAUCUAACCAUGGCUGAAGCAUUAAAGACUGUCAUCUCCCAGAGUACAGAGUGUCCAGUGUGUCUUUCGACAUUCACCGAUCCCAAGAUCCUAUCUUGUUCUCACACUUUCUGCAAGACCUGCCUGGACAACCUCUUAGAGUGUCACGGUAACUGCCAGAUCCGAUGCCCUGUCUGCAGAGCUGUAACGCAGGUCCCAAACCAAGAUGUCGACAAACUACAGGUAAAUCUCGCUUUGAAGAGUCUGAUAGAUGACAUGAAGGGCCGACCUCAGAUUUGCACAAAUUGUAAAUCCAAUGACAAGCCCCAUGCUGUUGUCUACUGCCAUGACUGUGGCAAGUAUCUCUGCACCUCUUGUCUUAAUACACACUCUAAAUGGGAAGGCUUCAUCGGCCAUGACGUCAUUGCAAUGAGUAAGAUCUCGUCAGGAAAGGUUUCGGUCCGUAAAUACCGGAAAUGCAGGAAACAUCCAGUAGAAGAUGAGGGUUGCUUCUGUUCCACCUGCAGGAGAUUCACAUGCUUCAGAUGCGGUGUGAUGGAACAUACGGGGGAAGGACACAAGGUCAUCGAGGGAGCAGCUUAUGAGGACAAUCACAUGAAGGGUAUCGAAGAACUUAAAUCAAAGGUGAACAAGAAACGAUCAUGUUUUCAGAAGUACAUUGAUUUCAUGGAUGAAGAGAUGAAGAUUGUUGACAAUACUGAGAAACAGUGUGCAAGUGACAUCAACAAAGCAUAUGAUGAUGCAAUCGGGCAGUUGUCAGAGAAGAGAGAAUCCCUACUAAAAGAAGUCAAGGAAACGACUGAAGGAGUAAAGAAAGAACUGGAAAGCAUGAAGACAUCGGCUCAGAAGCACAUCAAUCGGUUAACGACCACUGCUGAAAUGGUAACCAACAGAACGAAGAUACCGUUAGAUAUGGAUACGUUGGCUGCACAUGACACUCUAUGUGAAGAGAUAAGAGAGGUCUUUGAGCAAGAGGAUCCCGACUACGAGCAGCCGAUGAAAUCAAGCAAGAAGGGGAAAAGUGUCUGUUUUGAGAGAAAUGUUGGAGUGGAUGAGCUAGGCCUUGGAAAUAUUGUUAAUGUAGUUGUAAGUACCGUCGCUUUGCCUCCUAAUAAGAUUGUUAAUGCUGUUGCAGAGAACGUCGAUUCGCCUACUAUCAUGAAUAAUCAAAGGCGCGGAAGGGGGUGCAGAGAGAGCUAUACGUCACGUGAUCAGGACAACUACCCCCAAGACAAUUACCCCCCGGACAACUACCCCCGGACAAUUACCUCUAACCAGGUUUCGGAACCAUAG